AUGGCUAAAACGGAAAGCAACAUGGAGUCUCUUCAAAUAGGCUGUACGUUCACUGCCAAAAAAAUGGCCGUCCCUGUCACUGUCCUCUGCAGACAGACGCCACUCCUGAAGCAGGCAGUUUUCCCCCACUGGCAGCUCUCCCAGAGCCUGUGGAAGUCAUCCUCUGCCCCGCCAACCCCUUUCAUUCCCUCUGAGCCCCUUUCUGCCAAAGGGCCUGUGACUGCGACGGAUGCAGACGGCGGCUCCUUUGGCUCCAUUACCUACUCCCUGGGCUCUGGCAUUAACAGCGCUGUUCCCUCUCAGUUCACCAUUGGCAAGGAGACAGGCCAGAUCUGCACUAGUGCUUCACUGGACAGAGAUCAAGGGCCGGCCGGCUUCGACUUUACUGUUACUGCAGUGGACGGGGGUGGACUGAGUUCAGUAGCAUAUGUGAAGGUAGAUCUGGUCGACAUUAAUGAUAACAGGCCCGCCUUCUACCCAGUCAGCUAUGCUGUUAGUUUGAGCACGCAGAGCGCCCCGGGGACAUCUGUUGUCAGAGUGACGGCCUAUGACCCGGACUCGGGAGAGAACGGCAGAAUUACAUACAAAACAGUUCCUGGAGGGGCCUCCCCAUUCUUUACACUGAACAAAGACACAGGCGUGAUCUCCCUGUCUCGCUCUGUCUACGGGAAGGCCAACUCUGUCAUUCCCAUGGUGGUCUCUGCUCAGGAUGGUGGUGGUCUGGUCGCUCUCGUCAAUGCCAGAGUCAACAUUAGCGUUGUGGCGGGGCUGGUGGCGCCUCCUGUGUUUGAACAGACCCAGUACUACUUCACUGUGUCGGAGGACGUCCUGCGUGGAACAGUCGUAGGCAUCGUCCAAGCCAGCAGCAAGACAGGCUCUAAAGAUAUCUCCUAUACCAUCAGCUCUGGGGACCCUGCGGGUUACUUCACAGUGGAUCCUGACACUGGGGCCUUGAGGACGAGUCUGCCCCUGGAUCACGAAGCCCAGUCAGUUCUUGAUUUAGAGGUGCAGGCCCGCAGUGGAAAACCCCCUGCCUUUGGCCAAACCCGUGUCCACAUUACCAUCGUAGACAUCAACGAUAACCCGCCUGUUUUUCUGCCCUCAUCUUCGGAGUCGCUGCUGCUGCCAGAGCACACAGAAAUGGGCACAGUGAUGUAUCGGGUCCAAGCUGAGGACAGAGACUCAGGAGUCAAUGGACAUCUCACCUUUGACCUUUCUUCUCCAAGUGGAAAUCAGAGGAUCUUCAGCAUAGAUCGCAGCAGUGGAGAGAUCCGAUUGGUCGGGAGCCUCAACUAUGAAAGUAACCCUCGUUAUGACCUCCAGGUGAUUGCCAAGGAUAAUGGCGUACCCCAGCUUAGCGCCACCUUCAUGCUUGUUGUUCACGUCCAGGCAGAGAAUGAUCAGGGACCUGUGUUUGAUACCCUUACCUACCGUGUGGAAUUAAAGGAGGGCACCCCGAUAAACACAAACUUCCUCCAAGUCAGAGCCCUGAACAGAGAGACCCCUGGCUCGGGCCACUUUAGUCCCCUGUCAUAUCACCUGCGUCCAGAUGGAGAUGCUGCAGGGUUUGGCAUCGCAGCAGACAGUGGCUGGCUGUUUGUAAAGAGCGCCCUGGACAGAGAAGUCAAGGACAUGUAUCUCCUAACAGUGCUGGCAAGUGCAGGUCACGGGCAGUUAAAGAAGACGGGCAGUGCCACAGUGCGGAUAUCGGUGACCGAUGAGAAUGACAACUCCCCCAGGCUCACUCAGGAGAGGGUCUUCAUGGCUGUGAGGGAGAACCUGCCUGCAGGAACAGGCUUUGGUUACGCGUCGGCCACAGACAGAGACAGUGGCCCCAAUGGACGUCUCAGCUAUCGCUUCCUGCACCCUGACCGCCACUUCCAAAUAAACUCCCACACAGGUGAGAUCAGCACAAGGACGACUCUGGACAGAGAGCAGCAGUCGAGCUACCAGCUGGUGGUGGUGGUGCAAGACGGAGGUUCGCCCCCUCGUAGCGCCACAGGCACAGCCUUCAUCACCGUCCUGGACGACAACGACAAUGACCCCACUUUUACCCAGAGUCAGUCUGGGAAAAACCUCAUCAUAAAGGUGACUGAAGGUCAGUCUUCAGGGAUUUUACUGGGCAUGUUGCAAGCAAAAGAUCCUGAUGAAGGAGAGAAUGGCACCGUAUUGUACUCUUUGUCAGGUCCCAGAGCUGAACGUUUCUCUUUAAAUCCAAACACUGGCGAGCUGCGUUCAUCAUCUCCUCUGAGCCACUCGGAGCGUUCCGAGUACGCGCUGACGGUGACAGCCACUGACAGAGGACUGCCCCCUCGCAGCACCUCCUGCUCCCUCGCCAUUCAGGUUCUCAGCAUUAACAGGCCAGAUUCUAACACCAAUUCACUCUCCUUAUCGUUCAACUCUGUGGAGGAGGCCAAGCCCGGCUCUGUCAUUGGCUCAGUCCGCCUACGUGACAGAGAGAGCCCAGAGGAAGGCGAGGUAACCUACACAGUGGUUGGGGGCACUGACCGAGAUGGAACCUUCGUUGUCGACCGUCUUACUGGGGACGUUUAUCUGGCUCGCGCCCUUGACUAUGAACGAGACGCACACUACACCCUGCACAUUGAAGUGGAUGACUUCUCUCAGGUCCCUCCCAGCAGCACCCUCGUCCACCUGGGCAUUGACGUAGAGGACAGCAAUGACCACACCCCUGAGUUCCCUGAGGACCCAAUCACCAUCGUCAUCUCUGAGAGUAUGGAGCCCGGCUCUUCUGUCUAUACUUUCCAGACCGUAGACAAGGAUGGCAGUGGCCCCAACAGCGAGGUGAGGUACUCCAUUCUCCACCAGUGGCCAAACACCCCAGGCCUUCUACACCUCGACUCAUCAUCUGGGGUUCUCUCCUUGGGCCGGGAGCUUGACCAUGAGGUCACCUCCAACCUGAUCCUGGUUAUAAAGGCGACAGACUCUGCCCUCGAUGUCAGCCAGAGGCGCUGGGGCUCUGUCACCGUGAGGGUGUACGUAACGGAUGAGAACGACAACCCACCAGUGUUCAGCUCACCGACAGCCGUCAGUGUGAUGGAGGACCAGCCGGUGGGCUUUGUGGCUUUGUAUGUCAUGGCCAGAGAUGCAGACCAGGGGGAGAAUGGUAGAGUGUCCUACAGCAUCCAGUCAGGAAACACUGGAGGAACUUUCAACCUCAACCCUAACACUGGCUCUCUGUCGAUUUUCAAACCUCUGGACCGUGAGGAGCAAGACGUCUUUAACCUUACGAUAAUCGCGGAGGAUCAUGGGAUACCGCAGCAUUUGUCAAGCCAGCUGUUGUGCGUCCAUGUGAUCGAUGUUAAUGAUGAGGUGCCUUGGUUUGAGGAGGGCCAGUACGAAGCCCAGAUCUCUGAAAACCAGCCUUCAGGAACUAGUGUGUUGACAGUUUCUGCUUCUGAUCUGGACCAAGGAACUAAUGGGCUGGUGAUGUACGGUGGUAUCUCAGAUGAUGUUUUCCACAUCAACCCAGUAACAGGUGUCAUAACAACCGCGAAGCCACUGGACCGGGAAGUCCAAGAAUACUACACUGUGACAGUUUAUGCAAAAGAUGGAGGCCUCUUACCCAACUAUGCUAAAGCGACAGUGAGGAUCAGAGUGCUUGAUGAGAAUGACAACGUCCCUGUGUUUGGACGUCUCUACUACAGCAUAGAGUUGCCUGAAAACCUGGAAGCUUUGCCUCUGUUUACCCUCAGAGCCACUGAUCAAGAUGCAGGAGACAGUGGGGAGAUAAACUACAGAAUUACAGCUGGAGACCCAUCUGGAGACUUCCACUUGGACGGGCGAUCAGGAGUGCUGUCCACUUUGAGGCCUCUGGAUCGGGAGAAGAGGGCUGGUCACACCCUAACAGUCACAGCUCAGGACCAGGGCCACCCUCCCCUCAGCAGCACCGCCAUCGUGGAGGUUACUGUGCUUGACAUAAACGACCACAGCCCCCAGUUUCAGAGCAGCAGUUACACUGCAGAUGUUUCAGAAGACGUUUCCAUUGGCUCCCUGGUCCUUGAGGUGAAAGCCAUUGACCUAGACCAGGGCUCAAACAGUCAGGUGCUGUACUUUCUGAGCCAUGGCUCCCAGAGUAUGUUCAUCAUCGAUGAGAACACAGGCCGCAUUAUCACAGCAGCGCCGCUAGACAGAGAGAGAACCGCUUCUUACACCUUCGAGGUAUGUGCCACUGACUCCUCCCCAGCGAACCCACGCAACUCCACUGCUCAAGUGACCGUCUACAUUCAAGACGUGAACGACAAUGCUCCCUUUUUCAUUCAGGACCCACUUAUUGUAAACAUCUCUGCCAUUAGUGUGUCUAGCCGGCGAGUGCUGGCCACCAUGAGGGCGGAGGACAAGGACUUUGGGGCAAACGGCUCUGUUUUUUAUCGUUUUGCUAACCCUGUGAGGGGCUUUACCAUCAACUCACUGACAGGAGACAUCCAGGCCACGGAGAAGCUGCAAACUCUGACCCAAAGCCAAAGGACUUUGAUAGUUCAGGCCAUGGACCAAGGCAACCCGGCUCAAUCUUCUCUCGGAGUGGUUAUCAUUUAUAUAAGGGAGCAGAGCUACAGAGGGAUUCGUUUCUCCCGCACAGCUAGAGAUGUCAGUCUGCAAGAGAACGCUGCAAAAGGCACAGUAGUUACACAGACUCAAGCCCAGUACCCUGAUGGCUCCCAAACUGGCAUCAGCUACAGUAUUUUCAGUGGAAACAGGAUGCAGUCUUUCGGAAUUAACGCCAUCACUGGUGAAAUAUGGGUCCAGAAAUCUGAAGUCCUAGACUAUGAGGAGACCCCGAAACUCCGCCUUGUGGUGAAAGCUGAGACGGCAUCCUCCAGCUCCUACAUGGCUGUCAACUUAAUCCUGCAGGACGUCAAUGACAACUUGCCACGCUUCCAACUCCAGAACUACGUAGCCUACAUUAGAGAGGCACAGGGCUACGAUUUUCCCAUUAUCCAGGUUGCAGCGGAUGACAUGGAUCAGGGUCAAAACGGUCAGGUGACCUACUCUAUCAGGUCGUCGUCCAUGAGCGGCUUGUUUAAGAUCGACCCACUGACUGGAAGCAUCACCACCGCAGCCAUAAUGGACAGAGAGAUCUGGACGCAGACAAAGCUUGUUGUUACGGCAACAGACCGGGGAUCCCCACGGCUGGCUGGCUCUGCCACUCUUACUGUGAUCAUCAUCGACCUCAACGACAACAGUCCCAUGAUUCCUCUGCCUCGAGAGAUCCAUGUGCCCGAGGACACUCUGAUUGGCACAGUUAUCACCCAGGUAACAGGGAACGAUGUAGACUCUGGGCCAGCCCUCUCCUACACUCUACACCUGGAUACAAACAGCCAAGGCAUGUUCGGAAUCCAUCGUUACGGGGGAGGAGUAUCUCUGACUGGCCCUCUGGACUACGAGGAGCGGACAUGGUACACGCUGACCAUCCGUUCAUCUGACUCCAGACAUCAAAGCGAGGCCAACCUCACCGUGCUUGUGGAUGAUGUGAACGAUAACGCCCCCGCCUUUACUCAAGACUUGUAUCAGGUGACCGUAGCAGAGCACCUCCCAGCAGGCAGUGCAGUCGUAACAGUAACAGCCACUGACCGUGAUUCUGGGGAGAAUGGGAAGAUUACCUACAGGGUCAUGUCAUCAACUAGGGGCGCAUUUUAUAUUGACCCAAACAAUGGGACUUUGUUCAUCAACCAAAAAACUGAGUUUGACCUUGAAAAUCCCUCCAUCCUGGUGCUGAUUGAGGCGCGGGACCAGGGCACGCCACCCCUCUCAUCCAUUGCCACUGUCCAGGUACAAGUGUCUGAUGUCAAUGACAACACCCCCAUCUUCCACCAGUCAGAGUACAGAGUCACUGUGUCUGAAGACGGCCUUCCUGGAUCAACUGUUCUGAUCUUAGAAGCAGUAGACGGAGAUUUGUCUCGGGACAACUGUGGUUUCGAUUUUGCUAUUGCCAGUGGCAACUCAGGUAAUGCCUUCCAGAUUGAGAGCAGCGUGCGCUUCUUGGAGGGGCAGGGCUUCCAGACGGUCGGCAGCCUGAUCCUGGUGGAGGAGCUGGACUUUGAAGCAGUGCCAAGUUAUAAUCUGACUGUCGUGGUGUCUGAUCGAGGGAUCCCUCAACGUAGCUCUAGCGUGCCUAUCCUUAUCACUGUUUCGGAUGCCAAUGACAACCCUCCAGCUUUCAGCCGGUCAGAGUACAGCGUGGUGCUGAGUGAAGGUGCAACAGCAGGGACAGAGAUCUUGCAUCUAUCUGCAACAGAUCCCGACUCUGCUCCCAAUGGAGAGGUGCAGUACUUCAUAAGCUCAGGGGAUGAGACGGACAUUUUCCAGGUGGACCAGUGGACCGGAGCCUUGAGGCUGCAGAGACCUGUGGACAGUGAGAGACAGUUGAAGCAUAUGAUUGUUGUCCAGGCCACUGAUGGGCAAGGGCACUAUGCUCUGGCCCCAGUCAGUAUAGAGGUGAAGGACAUCAAUGACAACCGCCCCUACUUUCCCCUCAAACUUGUAACUGCGAGCAUCAGGGAGAAUCAGCCCCAGAAUGCCUUAGUCACUAUGCUGCAUGCAAUUGACCAUGAUGGAGGUGUGUUUGGACAGUUGAAGUACUACAUGUUAGACAACUCUAAAGAAGGAAGAGAUGCGUUCCUCAUCAACCAAACUUCAGGGGAAGUGCGGACUCGAUCCACAUUUGACUUUGAGAAGGUGUCCUCCCUGGAGUUUGUGGCUGUUGCCAUGGAUGCCGGCAACUAUUCUGCUAGUGUAACCGUGCAGGUUUAUGUUACAGGGGAGGAUGAAUAUGAUCCUGUUUUCACAUCGUCAGAGUUCUUGUUUGAAGUGCCCGAGGGAGCAAAGAAAGGUCAGAUUAUUGGCAAAGUACAAGCCAGAGAUGAGGAUGGAGGCGUGGACGGUAUUGUUCUCUAUUCUCUCGCAGAAAGUUCGCUCUAUUUUGAAGUCAAUAAAUCGACAGGAGCUGUCACCUUAAAGAUGGACAGUUAUAGUUCGCAUGUGGGUCGCUCUAAAAGAGAGGUGCGUCUGAUGACACUGGACGUGACGGCUCAUAGCCCCCUGGAGACAUCACGCAUUGCUGUGGCUAAAGUUACCGUAGAUGUGACCCACACGUCUUUUGGUCUCACGACAGACAUGAAUAUGCUGCUCAUCAGUGUCAUUGCAGUUUCAUUAGGGGCCAUCGUCAUUCUGAUCGUAAUCGCUGUGGCACUGUUUUUUGUGAAAUUAAGACGUCGGAAGAAGGAGCAAAAAGCAAACAAACGAACACCAACAUCAGGCACAAUGCUGCAUAAGCUCGAGGAAACAAAAAUAACAGCAAAUGAAAUGAUUUACCAUCAGGCCCUUCCUGGAUACACAACUAGUCAAGGUGGCGGUGGUGGGGGUCCGUUCACUCGUGGUGGAUCCCUGGAUCCCUCCCACUCCAGUGGGCGUGGCUCUGCAGAGGCCGAGGCAGCAGAGGAUGAUGAGAUCAGAAUGAUUAACGAAUACCCACGAGUGUCGAGUAUUUCCUCGUCCAUGCAGGAGCGCAUCUCUGCUCGGGGUCCGGACUCUGGAAUCCAACAGGACGCAGACCAGCUAUCGGACGUGUCCUGUGAGCCUUCCAUAGACUGGUUCAAAGGGAAGAAACUGGGCAGUCUGAAUAGUACUUUAUUAGCAGGCCAGGUGCCAGUGUACAGGGAUGAGGGGGGAGGGUAUGUGGGUGUGGGACGGGGACUCAGCAUCUCACAUCCUAAAGACUAUACUUUUCCAGAGGAUGGGAAGCCAGCUGUGGAUGGCUCCCUAACAGCCAUCGUGGCCAGUGAUGAGGAACUGAGGGGCAGCUAUAACUGGGACUACCUGCUUAACUGGUGUCCCCAGUUCCAACCCCUGGCUAAUGUUUUUACAGAAAUAGCGCGAUUAAAAGAUGAAACCGCUCCUCCUCAUUCCCGCAGGUCAUUCCAUCACAAAGCGAAGGCCGAGUCAAGAAUCGACCCCCCGCCUCUCAUAACCUCUGUGGCCCACCCCGGGGCCAAAACUGUACCUCCAAAGCCUGCCGUAGGGAGGACAUUCCCACACUUGGCUUCUUUCCGUCGAUCUCCCCUCAGCGCUGAGGGGUCGAUCUCCUCAGUUGCCAUGUCCCCCAGUUUCUCGCCCUCUCUCUCACCGCUGGCAGCACGUUCACCUGCAAUCACGCCCUUCAGCGUCUCACAGGGUCCCUCUGCAUCCAUGAUCAGCGCAAACGAACACAAUUUGGAACACAGCGAGGAGGCAGAGCUGAGGAUUUGAAUUCUCAAGCAUGAAUUAAAACUGAGUCGGUGCUGUCCCAGACUAAUUCUACUGUAUGACCACAGGGGCUGCAACUUGAAAUCUCUUUCUUAUUCUCCGUCUUAAGAGAACAGUACAAAAGGUUACAUUAAGAAGUCCAAAUAACUGUUGUGGUGCUUACUGGAAAAACUGAACUACAUGACUAACAGGCCAAAAUGGACCAUGCCUUUUGUGAGUGAGUCAGUGUGUGUGUGUGUGUGUGUGUGUGUGUGUGUGUGUGUAAGAAACUCCUUAUUCCUCUGUUGAUCAGUGUUAAUUUGCACAUUCGAAUAGGGAUUCAUAGAUGAUGUCAAUAUUUUGUACAAAAGCAUUGUCUAUAUUUUUAUACUUACAUGUGGUUUCUGAAAGGAAAUGGCAUUGAAGUGUCAAAAAGGUUGUUAAAACCUCAGAAUAUAUUUCUAUAUUUGUAUAUUUGUAGCUUGUACUGUAUACUUGUUUGUACUGUAUGUUUUAUCUCCUGUAAUGCUUAACUUGUGGUUUUAAAUGAAGCUCUCCAUUAAUGCUUUAUGAAUUGGCGUUUUUUUAAUUGUAAAUAUUUAUAGAAGAAGAGGCAUCCUUGCUUGACAAAUGAAAACAUCAGUCAGAAUAGCGCUACGUGUGAUCAGACUUUCUCGGGAUCCCGUAUUUGAUCUCAUAUCAAAAGGUAAUCAUGAAUGUGAAUUGUUGGAAGAAAAUUGUCUUAGUCCUCAACACGUCACUACAUUUCCUGCAGAGGAAGAUGAAACGUGACAACCCAUGAUCCCAUUCUUCAGGUUCUCUGGCUUUAAUUUUCUCACUAUGGGCCUUACUCCAUUUUCCACUUUGCAUUGUGAAAGAAAAUAACUCACUCGAGGCAGAACAUCGAGCAGCUAUGUAUGUAGAGUUGCUCUAUCUGCAGCCUAAUCAUUCCAGAGAAUGUAAGCAGGUCUUGGUAAUUUGUUUACUCAUCUAACAUUUGUCAGUAAAAUAUAAAACAAACCCGUCUCACACUCUGAGGGCACGGCCAGACAUACACGAAUGGAAAGCGUAACCAAAGUUGAACUCGUCACACGUGAAGCCACGCUGAAUGUUCUAUUCGCCCCCUCGCUCACGCUGAUUGGAAGUGAAAGGGAAGGCUAAGGUUCACCACUGAGACAUUGGCGUAUGUUUGCUUGGGCCCUAGAUCAGCAAUAUCUUGACAGUCUAUUUCUGUCUAGAUCGGUUCCAUUGUAUAGAUUCACAACCAAACUGUAAUGAAUGUUUUUUUAUGGACCACAAUUCACCCCGACUUUUCAAAGGCACUAUAAACAAUACUGUGUGGAUCAACAAAUCUUGCAUACAGCUUGAUGGAAGUAUGAAAAAAGUGUAUCUAUGAAUGUUCAAACACUACCAGAGAAUGUUUCCUCGUCAAUUAGAAGAAGUUCAUGUCAUAUACAUGUUCAGCCAUAAUAUUUUUGAAACAGAUGCCUACACCAUAAAUAUAUUCAUGACCGGAACUGUAUUUUUGGUAAAAUAAAAUAGCAUGUAAAUUUUUAUUGAUAACUACCAAGAGCUCUGUCUUUGCUCUGUCUGUUUGCUCCUUAUAAUUACUAUAAGUAUUUUCUUUUUCUUAAACCCCAGUUUUACACUCUUGAAAACAUCAUAUAUUAAGCAACACUAACAUUUUACAGUAUUUUUAUUUAUUAUAAAGGUACACCUCCAACAGAUUUUAGUAUAUUAUUAUUUUGACCAUGGCCAAAUAUACAUGAACACUACCUAUUUGACAGAAUGAGGGUACCUUUGUUGUUUGUAUUGUUUUUGUAUUGAACAGUUUUACCUGCCACUUACAUUUCAUGUGUGUAUUACGGUAUUACACAUAUCAUUCAAGGCCUGUCCAGAGAAGUGUUUUGAGCAAAGUGCCUGAUUAAAGUACU